AUGUUUGUCUUCGAGGCCAUGGACCAUAGCAUUCAGCUCAGGACGAUGACGAACCUCAAAGAUAUGGCCGAUGGGAAUAUGUUUUCAUGGGGCAGCAGAAGAAAGAAACACCUUGAAAGUUGGGAGUUGUUUGGCGCAUUUGCCAGAGGACACUACUACGACCAUCGUUUUGAAUCAAUGUUCCGUUCGUUAACGCUCAUCUUGGAACCUGUGCCUAGACACCCGUUUCCAAUAGAAUGUGAUGUGAUUGGUCAGGCCCUCGAUUUCUUUGAACACGACGAGAAUCACUUGAUCCAUAGAGUUUGGGUGCUGGGUUUGAUUCAGAAAUUUCAGAUGUAUCACCCAGUCAUCGACGUACUCUCGGCGAGCUCGAGCGAGGUUCAAGGGACUGCUCUUUCACGAGUAGGAUUGGCAUUGUAUUUGACACAGAAAAUGGAUUUGUUCUCUCCAAUGGUCAAUUCUGUGUCGUACUCAGCCGCAUGGAUCCCUAAUGAUCUAAAAGAAGCUUUGAAACGAGUGGAUUUGCUGUACCAUAUUGGUACACGGAGUCAAGAAACAGAUCAAACCCCGCGAAGUCCGAUAUUCAUGAAAGUUUAUGAUGAUUUACUUCAAGCAAGUUGCCCUCUUGGGGACAAAAAAGCAAGAUCAAUGGCUGAACGAUGUAUCGAGGGUAUCGGGAUGCGGGAAGAUAAAACAAUAGAAGAGGAAUGGAUGGAGGAAGUAUUAUUGCAUCUUUAUACGUUUCGCAAGAGCGCCAAGAAAUACAUCAAAGAAUCACUCAGUGGGCGAUUUGGCUCAUCAAAUAAGAGAGUCAAAGAAUAUUUUGAGAGAAUAAAAACCCGAGGCAAUCGUACCCUGAAGAGAAAACAAAUUCAGCGAUACCUGUCAAAUGAGCACCUCGAUCCUUUCAUUGCAAACUUACUUACGCCUUUUACAUAUGAAGUGCCCGUCAAAUUGGAUCACUACAGAUACAUUCUCGAGUGCUUUGAAGCACAUAAUACGAUUAGAUAUGAGUUAUUCGAUGAUAUAUCUCAUAAUUGGGAAAUGUACUCGAGUGACAAAAGGUUUGUGAUCAGUGUUUUGUAUUCAGAAAGCCCAUACAUUACUGGCGCUUCAAGAUACCUGGCUUCAAGGAUCAAAAGAGGUAAUUAUCCUAUGAUUCACCCGUAUGAUGCUUAA